AUGGAGAGGCCGGGAGCCAGUGCUCGGUGCCCCGUGCAAGAGCAGCGUGCCCGUUGGGAGCGGAAACGCGCCUGCACUGCCCGGGAGCUGCUGGAGACCGAACGGCGCUACCAGGAACAGCUGGGGCUGGUGGCCACGUACUUCGUGGGGAUUCUGAGAGCCAAGGGCACCCUGCGACCAGCGGAGCGCCAGGCCCUGUUUGGGCCCUGGGAGCUCAUUUACGGCGCCAGCCAAGAGCUGCUUCCCUACCUCGAAGGAGGGCACUGGGGACAGGGGCUGGAAGGCUUCUGCCCCCACCUGGAGCUCUACACCCAAUUUGCUGCCAAUGCAGAGAGGUCCCAGACCACCCUGCAGGAACAACUAAAGAAAAAUAAACGUUUCCGGAGGUUUGUGCGACUUCAGGAAGGCCGCCCUGAGUUUGGAAGCCUGCAUCUUCAGGACCUGCUCCCUCUGCCUCUGCAGAGGCUCCAGCAGUAUGAAAAUCUUGUCAUGGCUUUGGCUGAAAACACAGGUCCCAACAGCCCUGACCACCAACAGCUCACACGGGCUGCCCGGCUGAUCAGUGAGACUGCUCAGAGAGUCCACAGCAUUGGUCAGAGACAGAAGAAUGACCAGCACCUCCGGCGUGUUCAGGCUUUGCUCAGUGGCCGCCAGGCAAAGGGGCUUACCUCAGGUCGCUGGUUCCUACGUCAGGGCUGGCUACUGGUAGUGCCUCCCCGUGGGGAGCCUCGGCCCCGAAUGUUCUUCCUCUUCUCGGAUGUGCUCCUCAUGGCCAAACCUCGACCCCCACUGCAUCUGCUGCAGAGUGGCACCUUUGCCUGCCGUGCCCUCUACCCCAUGGCCCAGUGUCAACUCCACAGGGUCUUUGGCCACUCAGGAGGCCCUUGUGGUGGACUGCUCAGCCUGUCCUUUCCCUGUGAGAAGCUACUGCUUAUGUCCACAGACCAGGAAGAGCUGUUGCGCUGGCACCACAGUCUGACUUUGGCCAUCAGAGUGCUCAUGCCAGUGCCCGAACUGACCAUCUUCUCUCCACAGCAGCCAGAAGAGCUAGAGGAAUCUUACAAAUUCCAGAACCCAGGAUACUUGAGGGACAGAUCAGAGUCAGGAGUACAAAGAAAUCUUCAGUACUAA